UCAUCCAUGUAAUAGUGCUGCAAAACUCCAGAAGAGCUGCAACAAGAUACAAGCCAGAAAGGUUCACAUGAGACUUAGCUCUUCAGUUUGCGCACUUUCUAGGUCCUCCACGUAGGCUGUACUGAAAAAAUGGAGCACCUGGAGAACUCCACAGCAUCACCCAAACGCCUCUUCCUGCACACACAGAGCACCGCGGGCUCCCAGGCGGACAAAAGCGACGGGAACGCGUACCUGUACAUAUUAAUAGUCAUGUCUUUCUACGGAGUCUUCCUCUGUGGUAUAAUGCUGGGCUACUUCCGCUCCAAAAGGAGAGAGAAGAGGAGGAUCAACAUCUUCACGCGCCUGGUGCACGAGGAGGAGCAGCGGGAGUGGGGCGCGCUGCCCAAGAAGAAGCACAGCCUCACCUUUCCCGCCGCUGUCUCGGGACUGCGCUCGGUGCAGGUGUCCCUGCCUUUCUGCGGUAACCACGGCAACCACUUUGGACACCUCCACUACGAUGGCGCGCUGCCCUCCCCGCUCGCGUGCGCGCUGUGCACGGAGCAGAGCAGCAUCAGCUCCCUGUGCUCCUCCGCGGACACGCGCUUCGCCAUAGAGGAGGAGUCGGACAGCGGCACGGUGGAGGAACCGGCGGAGGAACCGGAGGAGAACACGAAGGGAGGAUCAUAGAACAGCGGGGAUGAUUCAGGCUGAAUUCCGCCCAGAAAAACUGCGCGUUACCCUCCACGACCACAAAGAGAGGAAGCAGCACCUGGAGUGAAGACCAGGAGGAUCUCACAGAGGCUCAAACAGUCCAACCAUCAGCAACGGUUAAAUCAUCUAUUUGCUAUAAAAAAAACAACAUCCAUGAUAUGAUAUCCAUAAAAGGGCUGGAAGUCAAACUACUAUGUAGCCAAUGUAAUAUGUAUUAGACCUUAGUCAGUGAAUAGCUGACAGUUUAGAGGGGGUAUUGGCCCAGAAUAGUUUUUGUUUGGUGUGUUUUGAACUGAUUUCAAACAUUUGACUCAAUGCCACGCCUCACCUUACCAGUAACAACAUGAAACCACACAUACACACCACAUAGGCCACAUUUGGCCAAAGGAAAUUUUCUUUAGUUCUUUAAAUAUCUUUUUAAAUGACAAUAGUGGUGAGAGUGAAACACAUGACUACAAUGGUCGGUUUUUUUUUUGUAUCCCAGUUAUAUGUUGGGAUAACCUAGUAGAUAGUGAUGUAAUUAUUCAGUUCAAUUCUAUACUAUAAAACUUUAUUUAUCCCUGCAAGGGCAGUUGUGUGCAGCAGUUCACCCCCCAGGUUAACCUACACACAUCAAAGGCUAUAUGCUGGAAUCAUUAAUAAAUACAUUAAUACAUACAUAUGAAUAUCCAAAUAUAUCUAAAACACACACACACACACAAGUAAUGAAGCUGUACAAAAGAAUAAAAUGAUAUAUUAAAAUGUAAUGAUACUACUAUACCAUAUUAUUUCAUUGUAUAAGUAUGACUUUGCCUCGCUUGGUGGUGACCCCUCCCUGCCUGAGCCCCCUCCUGACGCCACAUUGAGAACCAGCUCACUGGUUUGGGCUGAUGACUCACCCUGCAGGGGACUGAGUGAGAGACUUGCUUUUCGGCUGUUUGGACUGAACUUGACUUGCUCUUGCCAACAUGGUCUUGAGUAUUGAAACGUGCCUGGAACCCACUUGAAAGACUGUCUAAACUAAAAUGUAUUUGUUGUAGCUUCAUGAUCCACACUGUUCCCACACAGUCAAUGAUGUAGGUUUACUUGAUGAAAGCAAUGCGCUGUACAUAUUGUUUGUAUUUUUCACUUCAUAAGGCUUAAUUUAAGAUGGAGUCUUUGUUGUGUUUCAGAUCAAAUAAAUGCUUAUGAAUCGA